UGCUUAGCAAGCGCGUCCGUGUUUCCCUUAGGGCUUCCCUGUUUUGAAGGGGGUGUGGUCGGGAGCCGCCAAUCUGGGGCGCGGUCUGCGCGCCUCCAGUCCCAGGAACCCCGUUUAAGAAAGGUGGAGGGAGCUCAGGAGGCCACUGCCCGCUCACCAGCCAUGGACGCCCCAGCACCUCCGCAGCCCCCGGCCCAGAGCUGGGAGCCUCCAAGUCUCCUGCCCGCGCCCCUGGGGCUGCUGCGGCUGGACCCCACGGGCGGAGCGCUGCUGCUGCUCGGCCUGGCGGCGCUGCUCGGCUGGAGCUGGCUGAGGCGGCUCCGGCCGCCGGGCAUCCCCCCCGGGCCCACGCCCUGGCCGGUGGUCGGCAACUUCGGCUUCCUGCUCCUGCCGCCCUUCCUCCGUGGGAAGAGCUGGACGAACCGCAGGGGGAGGGCCCCAGGCUUGAGCCUUUCCUCCAUGGGCUUGCAGGUGCUGCUGACCGACCUGGCCCGCGUCUACGGAAACAUCUACAGCUUCUUCCUUGGCCACUACCUGGUGGUCGUCCUCAGCGACUUCCACAGCGUGCGCGAGGCGCUGGUGCAGCAGGCCGAGGUCUUCAGCGACCGCCCGCGGGUGCCGCUUAUCUCCAUGGUGACCAAGGAGAAGGGGAUUGUAUUCGCACAUUAUGGUCCAGUCUGGAAACAACAGAGGAAGUUCUCUCAUUCAACUCUUCGUCAUUUUGGCUUAGGAAAGCUUAGCUUGGAGCCCAAGGUUAUCGAGGAGUUCAAAUACGUGAAAGAGGAAAUGCAAAAGCAUGGAGGAGACCCCUUCAACCCCUUCCCCAUUGUCAACAGUGCCGUCUCUAACAUCAUUUGCUCCAUGUGCUUUGGAAAGCGCUUUGAUUACACCAAUAGUGAGUUUCAGAGAAUGCUUAAUUUUAUGUCACGAGGCUUAGAAAUCUGUCUGGACAACCAGCUGCAACUGGUUAACAUAUGCUCCUGGCUUUAUUACCUUCCCUUUGGACCGUUUAAGGAAUUAAGACAAAUUGAAAAGGAUAUUACCACUUUCCUUAAGAAAAUCAUCAGAGAUCAUCGAGAGUCUCUGGACGUUGAGAACCCUCAGGACUUCAUAGAUAUGUACCUUCUCCAUGUGGAGGAAGAGAAGAAAAAUGACAGCAAUAGUAGUUUUAAUGACGAUUACUUAUUUUAUAUCAUUGGAGAUCUCUUCAUUGCUGGGACUGAUACGACAACUAACUCUCUGCUUUGGUGUCUUCUGUACAUGUCACUGAACCCUGACAUACAAGACAAGGUUCAUGAAGAAAUUGAAAGGGUCAUUGGUGCUGACCGGGUCCCUUCCCUCACUGACAAGGCCCAGAUGCCCUACACAGAAGCCACCAUCAUGGAGGUGCAGAGGCUGAGUACGGUAGUGCCGCUUGCCAUUCCUCACAUGACCUCAGAGAAGACAGUGCUCCAAGGAUACACUAUCCCUAAAGGCACAGUGAUAUUUCCCAACUUGUGGUCGCUGCACAGAGACCCAGCCAUUUGGGAGAAACCUGAUGAUUUCGACCCUAAUCGAUUUCUGGAUGAUCAAGGACAACUAAUUAAAAAAGAAACAUUUAUUCCUUUUGGGACAGGGAAGCGGGUGUGUAUGGGAGAGCAGCUGGCAAAGAUGGAACUGUUCCUGAUGUUUGUGAGCCUAAUGCAGAGUUUCACAUUUGCUUUACCUAAGGAUUCUAAGAAGCCCAGCCUGACCGGAAAAUAUGGUCUAACCUUAGCCCCACAUCCAUUCAACAUAAUCAUUUCAAAGAGCUCAAGAAGAAGAGAGUUUUUGAAAUACUUCAACCUGUGGAUUUUUGCCUCUAGAUAAAGCCCCCUGCCAUCUUUUGCACUGCCCACUCUUCCCCAUGUAGGUCACAUCUGAGGUCACCCAUCAUGGAGGCCUCCAACCAAAGCCUUAUCUAAGUGGCCUUUCUUAAGACCUCCCUGCUGUAUACUAUAUAUAUGUGUAGCCCCAAAAUUCAUAUAUGGUAACCUAUCUCCAUACAUGUAUUUGAAAAUACAAUGUUUAAAACCUUCAAAAAUGCACAAACAUGUGCAUCUCUGGCCAAGAUGGAGGCAUAGGUAGAUAUGCUUGCCUCCUCACAUAACCAAAAGGACAACAGAUUGAAAAACAAAAAACAACCAGAACUGCCAGAAAAUCAACUUCCGUGGAAGUUUGACAAGCAAGGAGUUAAACAAGAAGCAUUUAUUCAAACUGGUAGGAGGGGCAGAGAGGACCAGUGGCAAGGCAGAACUUUGAAGAUUGGUUAGGUGAGGCAAAGGCGGAAGUUCCACAUUUGUGUGCAUAUGAACUGCGGGGAACAGCUGGGGAAUGGGAUAGUCCAUGCAACCUAGGGUACCCGUGUGGGGAAAUAAAGGCUUAAAGCCCCUGGUUAUAAAAAUCUGUGCGCGUUGUGGCAGGAGAAACUCCAGGCCUCACAGAAGAUUAUUUUCUCGAGAUCCUGGGGUCCUAGAAUGUACACAAACCAAGCUACUUGGGAAUCAGCACCAGAAGGGCCUAAUUGCUUGAUGGUAGCGAGGUAGUGACCGAAAGUAGCGCAAGAGCCAGGCAAGUGGCAGUGUUCCCUCUCUCACCCCUCUUCCACGUACAGUGCCAGAAUGCAGCAACAUGGGUUGCCCCACCCUGGUAAACACCUAAGGCUCCACCCCUUACUAUGUAAGAGGUAUGCUGGGACAAAGAAAUAUGGCUCAAAAUAAGAGGACAGAUAAAGACUCCAGAGUAGAACCAUGGCCAUAUAGAUGGGAACUACAGGUCUGGAUAGAAUUUAAGAAUACGUACAAAGAUUCUGACAGUAUUUGUUCCCAAAUGAGUGGUAUCCUAGAUUGAAUCUUGGAACAAAUUACUACAUUAAGGGGAAAAAACAACGAAUCCCAAUAAAGUCUGUAGUUUAGUUAAUAGUAUUGUACCAAUGUAGAUUGGAUCCCAGAAAAGAAUACUAUAGUAACUGGGGGAAAAACAGUGAAUCCCAAUAAAAUCUGGAGUUUAGUUAAUGGUAUUGAACCAUGGUUAAUUUCUUCUUUUUCGACAAAUAUGCCAUGGCUAUGUGAGAUGUCAAAAUUGGGAAACUGGAUGAAGGGUACAUGUGAACUCUCGGCACCAUCUCUACAUCUUUUCCAUAAAUCAAAAAUUACUGUACGAUGUGAGCAGCGUGGUGGCGUGAGGACCUCCAGGUCUCUUCCCUUGAAGUUGGACAGCUAUAAUUCUACAAAGGAUUACUUGCUCCAUUCUCCAGCACAUGUGACAGAGCUGACUUGAGCAUAUCAGAGUAAACAGCGUUGAUGGACCCGGUGAGGGAAGGACAGACACAGAAGCCAGGUGCUGUCUGGUGUUCACCCUGACCCCAGGAGGCACUAAAGCAGUGACUGACUGCAGUGACGGUUCAGGGUGCAACCCCUACUGGAUAAACCAGAGGAGCACAGACAGUAAUUGGGCCUGAGUGGCUGGCAUACAGUGAGGUUGCACCAAGGGGCAGUGGCAGUGUAAAGGGUCCUAGCAUUCCCUAACCCACCAGCACCAGACAAAGGGUUCUGCAGAGCUGGGAACCUGCCCAGUCUAUCCACCUGUGGCCUCUUUGGCAGUAAAAAUCCUCACUUGGCAGAUGCAAAAGGCCCAGCCUACGUGGUUUGUACUCUUUGAAGCUAAAUCCACUAAAGAGAAUAGUACCCCAGAUAUGCGAACCCACCUUUCUCCCCACCCAUCACAGCACAGCAUCCUAGAGGCAGCUGGAUCAACCCAGACUGAGCCGGCAGCUUCUGACUACAGGAAGGCGGUGACAUAAGGAACACACAAAAGACUCAUUGCCCAGCGACUUCUGAAUAAUCCACAGUAGCGAUACCUUGAGACCAAGGCAACUCCAACAGAAAGGGGCCAACCACCUCCUAGGGGCACCAGGGGCUUUUUCCAUGGCUGAGGCAACACCACCCCACAGAGAUUCCAGAAACCCUUAGCAGUUCACCAUAGGAGAAAAUAAAAAACUUGCGAUUUAGCACCACCUACUGGGAAACAAAUGGAAGACCUCCACUUACCAACCUGCUAAACACUGAGUGGCAAGUACUUAAAAAAAAAAUUUUCAUUUCCACAAAUGCUCAGGUAGAGAAAUAUUCCCUAAAGCAAAUGAAUAACUAAGUUAACAGAAUUCUAAGGGAAUUCAGGGAAAAAAGGAAAAACCUCUAGAAGAUAAACACAUGAAAGACUGUGACUUAAAUGGCAGUGAAUUCAAGACUGCAGUUCCAGAAGUACUCAAUGAGAUACAAGGAGAGUCAGAAAAAUAAUUCAACAAGCUCAGAAAUAAAACUGAUGAACAAAAGGAGUACUUCACCAAAGAUACUACAACUCUAAAAAAACCAAACAAAUUCUGGAGAGGAAAAACUCAAUAAAUGAGAUGAAGAAAUUAGUGAGCUUAGGAAACUGAGCAGACCAGAUGGAGAAAGAAUUAGUGAUAUAGAAGAUAGAAAUUAGAAAUGACCCAGCAGGAGUUAAAGAGAGAAUUGAGAGUAAAAAGGAUGAAUGAACUCUAUGAGAACAAUCUGACUUCAUUAGAUAGAGCAAAGUAAGACUAAUGGAUAUACCAGGAGAAGAGGAGAAAGUAACAAAAGAGCCUAUUCAAGGAGAUAACAAAAACUUCCCAAAUCUAUGGAAAGAACUGCAUUCACAAACUCAAGAAGCUAACAGAACACCUAACUAUCUGAAUCCAAAAAGGCCUUCUGAGUGGCAUAUGAUAUUAAAAUUGUCAAAAUUAAAGACAAAGAAUUCCCAAGGCAGCCAGGGAAAAGAAAAUGGUAGCCUAUAAAGGAAACUCCACUACAUUAUCAUUGAAUUUUCCAGUAGAAACCAUACAAACGAUGAAAGAAUGGAAUCAAAUAUUCAAAUUAUUGAGAGAAACUACCAGCUAAUAAUAAUAUAUCUUGUAAAGUUAUACUGUAGAUAUGAGGGUGAAAUAAAGACUUUACCAGACAUACAGAAGCUGAGGGAAUUUACCAUCACAAGACCUAAAUUAUAAGAAACACUGACAGGUGCUUUUCUACUCGAAAGAAAAAGACAAAAGGAUACAAAACUAUUAGCAAGAUGACUAAGAGACUGCAACCCUCAUUCAGAACAGGGUAGUAAACACUUUAACAUAAAGGUUAAAGGAGGUAACAACAUUUUAGAAAAGACAAUAGGUACUGUAUUUUGUAAAUGAACAGCAUUAAAAGGAAUAAUUCAUGACAACAAAAACAUAAAAGUGAGGGCAGGGAGGACUGAACUUGCACAGGUGAAUGGAGUAGUAAUCAGGAGAAAACUGGCGUAUAUAUGAAAACUUAUUUUGCAUAAACCUGAUGGUAACCACCAAAAAACGUCUAGAACUGAGACAUAACAUAAAAAAAAGAGAAAGCAGAGAAAAAAUAUAGAAUACCACCAAACUAAAAUAACAGAUACAUAAGGGAAAAGAAACAGUGCAGACACAGAGCUACCAGAAAACAAAAGAUAAAAAGGCUGUAAGAAAUCCUCAUACCAAUAAUCACCUAAAUGCAAAUAGACAGAACUCACUAAUUAAAAGGCACAGAGAAGCAGGAUGUCCUGGCCGGUGGCUCAGGGUUGCAGGUUAGAUCCUGGGUCAGGGUAUGUACAAGGGUUAACUGGUGAAUGCAUGAGUAAGUGGAACAGCAGGUUGAUGUGUCUCUCUGUCUGUCUCUCAAGUAAAUUAAAAAAAGGCACAGAGGAACAGGAUGGAUCAAAAAACAAAACACAACUAUUAGUAUAUGCUGACUUCAGGAGACACAUCUCAGCUGCAAAGACAUACUAACUCAAAGUGAAGGGUGAGGGAAAUGGUACAUCAGGAAGAUAGUAUCCAGGGAAAACAGGGUGCUGCUGUACUUACAUCAGACAAAAUAUAUUUCAAGACAAAAGAUAGCAAGAGACUUAUAUGGACAUUUUAUAAUGAUAAAGAGGACAACACAUCAAGAAGACCUAACACUCAUAUAGAUAUGCACCCAGUCUGGGAGCACCAAAACAUAUAAAACAACUACUACCAGAACUAAAGGGAGAAAUUGACAAAAAACAAAAUUUAUGUAAUAGAGAUCAAACUACAUCAUUGGCAGCAAUGGAUAAAUCAUCCAAACAAAAAUCAGAAAGAAAAAAAUCAGCCUUAAAUGACACACUAGACCAAAUGGAGAUGAUUGACAUUAACUUUUUCAUCCCAGAACAUCAGAAUAUACAUUGUUCUCUAGUUCAUAUGGAACAUUCUCAAGAAUAAACCAUAUGUUGGGGCACAAAACCCGUGUCAUCAAAUUUAAGAAGAUUGAAAACAUAUGUAGCAUAUUUUCCCCACCACAAUGUUCUCUCUGUAUUUGGAAAUCAACUGCAAAAAAAGACAUAUACAUUAAUAUGUUUAUUGCAGCAUUACUGACAAGAGCCAAGCUGUAGAAGCAACCUAAGUGUCUAUCGAUAGAUGAAUGGAUAAAGAAAUGGUGCAUAUAUAUAGUAGAAGAUGAUUCAGCCAUAGAAAAGAAUGAAAUAUUGCUAUCUUGAACAUCAUAGACAGACCAUAGAUGGUAUUAUACUAAGUGAAAUAACUCAGACAAAGACAAGUGCCAGAUAAUUUCACUUAAAUGUGGAAUCUAAUAAACAAGCUGAACAGAAACAGACUUAGAUAUAGAGAACAUUUUGAUGGUUGCCAGAGGGAAGGGUGUUGGGGAGAUGGUUGAAAAAGAGGAAGGGAUUAAGAAGUACAGAUUGGUAGUUACAGAAUAGUCAGGAGGAUGUAAAGUACAGCAUAGGAAAUAUAGUCAGUAAUAUUGUAAUAACUAUAUAUGGUGUCAGAUUGGUACUACAUUUAUCAGGGUGAUCACUUCAGAGGUUAUAUAAAUGUCUAAUCGUAGAGCUGUACACCUGAAACUAAUAUUGUAUGUCAACUGUAAUUUAAAAAGAAAAAAAACAUAGCUCUUAAACAGGCUACAGGUGUAAACAUUGGGAAUCACUGUGUGAAAUUUGGACUUCUAGGGUGUAUUAAUAAGACUGUCUAAAUAAAUAAAUAUGCUUAACCUUUAUAAUAUUAGUGUAACAGUUGAAGCUCCAAAUGUAGACAUAUAUAACGAUUACUGUAAACCACUCCCCCCCCUCUUUU